UAUUUCGCCUACACAAAAAUAAACAUUUUUAUCUCUGCUGUUCUAAUUGAUAGCAGAUAACUACCAUAUGUCGGUCAUUAAACAUGUCUUAGAGUUCACAUCCAAACAUUUUUAGAGUAAGUGCGUUCUGUAAUUCAAUUGGUUUUUGAAUCUCAUUUGAAGGUCUGAUUUAACAAAACGAAAUGUUAAAACUAGUAUUUAUCGUGAUAGUUCUUAUCGAAGCGGUUAACCUCACAGACGUAUCAUAUUAUGAAAUUCUAGGGAUAACUAAACAGGCAUCGACUCAGGAAAUAAAACAGGCGUAUAAAAAAUUAGUCGUAAAGUUUCACCCUGAUAAAAAUCCUAAUGAAGCCAAACAGGAAAAAUUUCUUAAAAUAACUGAAGCCUAUGAAACCUUGAAGGAUCCAGAGAAGAGGCGCAAUUAUGAUUUGUAUGGAUCAUACACAACUUAUUCAAGAAAAUAUGAUUAUAAAUCUCAGUCGGAAUAUGAUAAUUUGUACUACAAAGGACUGUACCAUAAUGAUCCAUUUGUUAACACUUUAUCUGGAUCAAGUUUCUACAAUUACCUGAAUGAAGGAUUUCACUUUAUAAAUUUUUACUCACCAUUUUGUCCCCCCUGUCAAAAUAUUGCAGAUCAUUGGAAGAAGUUAGCAGAAAUAUAUAAGGGCAUUGUCAAAGUUGGUGCUGUUAACUGCAAAUACCAUAACUCAUUUUGUUAUAACUCAAUGCGAAUCGGCAGCUACCCAACUCUAUUAUUUUACCCUAAUGGUAAAAAUGGAAACUAUUUAUAUUACCGUGGCGAUAGGACUUUCGAGGCUCUAGAUGAUUUUGUAAUGACAUACCUCAACAGUCAUGUACAUGUGCCUACCGUCUCUCAACUGCGAAAUACCGACAGGCCAAUUGCCUACGUUCUCGGUACUAAUAGAAUAGACAGGAGUGCCUUAACAAGGAUUGCAUAUCGAUUGAACGGCCUUGUAGCAAUCGCUAUCGUAGAAGACGAGAGCUUGAGAGAUAAAUUAUCCGAAAGUGACUACACAACGAUCGUGUUCAAAUACAAAGGUUUUAUUAAAGACAUAGAGAGUACAAAUGAAGAAGAUGUUCUAAAAGAUAUAGUGGCUGCCUUGCCGAAGAUCGAGCUAAUUGAUCCAGAAAAGUUGAAGAACAUACGUAAUAAGUUACGUAGAGGUGAACAAACGCCUUGGGUCCUGUAUUUCUCCACCAAGGGAAGUGACAGACUCGUUCUACAUCAAAUGAGAAUGUCGUUCCCUAAUUUAAAUUUCGGCGAGAUCGAUUGCGACAAAUGGGCGGAGCUGUGCUCGUCGCUGCACGUGGAGGCGGCGCCCGCGUGGGCGGUCCUGAAGCGCGGCGGUGCCUACCAGCGGGCGUACGCGCCGGCGGACGCACGCACCUUCGUCCGCACCGCCGCCGCCGCCCUCAGCCUGCACACGCUCUCCGCUUCCGACCUCAACAAGAUCUUGGAAGGGGAUGUCGGCGUGUGGGUGCUGCUGGUAGUUCCGCACGGAAUGCCGUGGGACCACAUGGCCGGACCAUUCGCUCAGACCAGCAUGCACUUCAACAACGACGAAAACGUCAGUUUCGGCAUUAUGAUAUGCACGGCGAGCACCGACCAGCACUGCCGAGGAGUGGCGCCGGAGAAGCCCGUCGUGCUUCUGCAGAACUUUACCAGGCGGCACACGUACCGCGGCGAGCUUAACGAGAGGGAGCUUUUGGAGUACAUCAAUAUGCUGAGAGACAGUGAAGAUCUUGAGUUGACGGAGAAGCAAGUUUUAGAGAUAUCGGACCCGAGCCGCGAGCACGCGUGGCUGGUGGCGUACCUGCCCGCGCACUGCGGCGCCUUCUGCGACGACCUCGCCCACCACUGGAUGAUCGUUGCCAGCAAGCUGCGACCUCUGACUUUUGUUCGAGUUGGAAUGUUGCAAUGUGCAAAAAUAAAGAGCGGUUUCUGUACAAACAUUCGAUCAGCCACGGCAAGACUCUAUCCUAUAGCGUCUGGACAACAUUAUAGCGUCAGUCUACAGCAUUUAUCGCAAGCUCCGUACAUACUGGAAUGGGCGUUACAGUUCAUAGACGAUUCGGUUGUGAAACUCAACUGGAAACUGUUCGCUAAGACCGUUAUUGCCGAGGAACUGAACCCGACGAGCGGCAACAAACCUUGGCUGGUCUAUUUCCACUCUCCCAGAUGUUACCGCUGCUACGAGAUGUACGCUGACUUCGCUAUAGCCGGUAUUCUACUGAACAACGCGGUGCAGCUCGGCAAAGUCAAUUGCCUGAACGAGCGCGGUCUCUGCCAACACGAGCACAUCACAAGCUAUCCGUCGCUCAAGCUGUACCUCGGCAGGAACAGCCGCCAGCGCUUCAGCAGCGUCGUGACACUGCAGGUCAGAGACCACAAGAGCAUUCUAGAAGAAAUCGAACCUCAUUUAAGGAGAUACGACGCCAGUCUGCUGGCCACCCGCGACGGUGCUGCCAGUAAUAGCAUCAGACACGACGAAUUUUGAAUAGUUUAAAAUCCAGGUUUUUGGAACGAAGUUCCUUAUGGGACGAUGCUUAGGGGUACCCUAACCGGGAA